GGCGUCACAAUCAGCCCAGACGGGAGCGCGCUGUUUGUGACGGACUUCUUCAGCCACAAGAUCCGGCGGGUGGAGGUGGCGACGGGUGCUGUGACGGCGAUUGCGGGUAGCGGCGAGGAUGGCGAUGCAGACGGCAUGGGCGACGCGGCGCAGUUCAACGCCCCAGCCGACCUCGCAAUCAGCCCGGACGGGAGCGCGCUGUUUGUGGCGGACUCCGACAGCCACAAGAUCAGGCGGGUGGAGGUGGCGACUGGCGCGGUGACGACGCUCGCGGGUAGCGGCGAAAUUGGCGACGCGGAUGGCGUGGGCGGCGCGGCGGAGUUCUGCUGCCCAUGGGGUGUCACUGUUAGCCCGGACGGCAGCGCGCUCUUUGUGGCGGACUACAGCAGCCACAAGAUCCGUCGGGUGGAGGUGGCGACCGGUGCUGUGACUACGCUCGCGGGUAGCGGCGAAGAAGGCGAUGCAGACGGCGUCGGCGGCGCGGCGCAGUUCAACUGGCCACACGGCCUCGUCAUCAGCCCGGACGGGAGCGCGCUGUUCGUGGCGGACUGCGACAACCACAAGAUCCGGCGGGUGGAGGUGGCGACUGGUGCUGUCACUACGCUCACGGGUAGCGGCGCCAGGGGCAGUGCUGAUGGCGUGGGCGGCGCGGCGCAGUUCAAACACCCAACGGCCCUCGCCAUCAGCCCCGACGGCAGCACCCUCUCGGUCUGC